AACAUGGUAACCAAUGAGAGCACCGAAAGGCGGUCAUAUGGUAUUACGUGUCUCGUAAUUAACAUAAUAGAUCAACACACAGUAUACACACAUAACGAGCACAGGGAGGAAGAAACUGAGGCAAAUCCCGACCCAAAUCAACAGAAUUUUCUCUCAAUUGCUGCAUUCAAAAACAAGUUCGGAAAAAGUGAAUGAAGCAGAUGACUGAAUCAUUGUCUUCACAAGAAAUGUAUUUUUGAGUGGAUCUUUCAUUAAAAAGAAGCCCAGUUUCCAACAAAUUGAUUAUUAAUGACAAGCAGAAUAUAGCCUUGAACUCAGGAGUGCAUCGUGUACCUGUGCAGUAACCCAAGAAAGGGUCAAUCGCAUUUUUGUCUCCAGGGAUUUUUAACUAGACAGAUACGGUUAUGAUGGAUAGUAGCAAUGGUAGUAAAGAGAUGCAGGCGAAUCUCUGCCGGAACGGAUGUGGCUUCUACGGAAGCGCUGCAACAGAGGGAAUGUGCUCUAAAUGUCAUAAGGAUUAUAUGAGGAAAAAACAGAAUUCACCUGUCCAACCUCUUGUGUCUAAUAAUACAACAAGUGCAAACUCAUCGACACAAACACCAAGCACCAUAGCACCGGAAGCCUCUCUCGCCACUGCGACAACUACCACCACCGCUACAACGGUCACUUCCAUCGCCCCUGCAAACGAACGGGUAGAGGCACCAGAAGAAGAGGAGUGCAGCUCACCGACAAAGUCCGACUCGCAACCCCAGGGAGGCGCCUCACCGUCAGUAUCAGACUCACAAGAUUCGAGUGAUGGAAAUGAGAAGGGCAAGAAAAAGAGAAAUAGAUGUCACACAUGCCGUAAAAAGGUUGGCCUUACAGGUUUCGAGUGUCGAUGUGGAGGCCUCUACUGCAGUAUACACCGCUACUCAGACAAACACAAUUGUUCAUUUGACUACCGCUCACAUGGCCAAGAGGAAAUUAGGAAAAAUAAUCCAGUAGUAGUUGGAGAAAAAAUCCAGAAGCUGUAGCGGUCAAGAGUCAUUUUAUCAUAGAUAUUUUAUUCAUGUAUUUGAUGGGUGUACCUGUUGCUGGUAGUUUGUGUGGGAGGGUAUUAUUAUAUUUGCCACAACGCAAACAUUGAUCAUUUGUUAUACUUGUAUGUGUGUACAUUUGUUGUUGAUUUUUUUUAAUCAUGGUCCCACGUUUUUUUAGUAGGGACUGCAUGGUAGGCUUUACAUUGGGUACGUAUACAUUUGAAAAUGCUUUCAAGAGUUACUACUACUACUAUAACUAGUCAAUCUUCCAACGUGGUGUUUAAUGCUGUAUUGAUAAACCAAAAUGUAGACAGAUUUGGGUCAUAUCUGCUUGGACAUUUGAAGGCAUGGAUCAAAGCCUCCAACAUGUAGCUUUGAUAUUUAUCCACUGUAGUGCCACGAGAAGCUAGCGUGACUUCUGCUACUGUAGUAUGGACAAACUGAUUUUUUUUUCUUCAUAUCUCUUUACCUGUCAAUUUUUUUAAAAUCAAGUGGUAUGACUACCAUCAGGUGCUGCUAUAUUAAAUUCUGGACAAUAUUAUAGACAAGAUGCUAUACAAAGGUGCAUAAGCAUACACUGUAUGGUCCUUCUCUGUAUUUAUGUGUUAGACUUGAGCAUUUUAUAAUUGGAGUGUUUUCUUUAAGUUAUGCCUGUUCAGUUUAAUUCAAUUUGUAUUUUCACAUAUACAGUGCAACUGUAAAUCAUAUCUGAUUCAAAUUUCCUCUUAAUUACUUUAUAUAUGCAUUUUAAAUUACAUGUAUAUUAGUUUAAUUGCCUUGUUUCAUCAGAUGUACUCCAGCUUUUCAUGCUUUUUUUUUUUGGGGGGGAGGAUGAUUUUAAAAUUGUAUUAUGCUCAACUCUAAAUUAUUGUCCAAUCCGAUCAUGUAUGGUGUGAUUCAGAUUCAAAGUAAUCUAGUUUUUAUAGAUGCUAUGGGAAACUGCAUUAUUCAAAGCAAGGUUUAGGACAUUUCAAAACGAUUAAAAACAUCAGGAAUUUGAAGUGUUUUUGCCUUUAUAUUUAAUUAAAGCAUUUUUAUUUGAAUUAGCAUUUUAUCGAAACAGAUAUUAUUAUAGGGCUAACAUGAGUGAUGUGGAAGUAGUACUGAGCUUAUUACAUGCACAUAAGGGCUCUCCUUUUUUAAAAUGAUAAGACAGAGAAUGCAAAAAUAGUUUCAUAAGGAGACUGCUUUGUAUUAUUGGUAAGUUAUUGUACUUGAUAUAUAAUAUGCAUAUCAUAAUUGUUGGAAGAAUUCAUUUUGUUUUUGUAACUGUGCUUAAUUAAGGAAUGUAAUUUUUGUGAGCUGUUAGGAAUUUAAAAAAUCCCUGCUCCUGAUUUUGGCAUCAUCAUAACAUUUCUUUAAAAAAAAAAAAGAUUUAAUAUAUUCCUUAUAUACCGUGAUUGGCCCCCUCAGUAUUAAUAUUCUGAGGGCUACGCAAUUAUAUUAAUUAUACUGCAGUGUGUUCUUAAAGCAGAGGCAAAUGAUACAUGUAUGACAAAAAUGCCAUGAUUUUAUUUUAUGUUCCAAUCCUGGAACUGUAUAAACCCUCAUAUUAUUCAUGUUAUCAUUGAUACACAAAAGGAACCAUUCUAUUUAGUUAACUAGGAAGUAAGAAAAGUCAUAACUUUAUCAAAUAUACAUGUAGUAUUGAUUUGAGUAUGAAUAUUCCUUGCCCUCAGUUAAUAUAUUUUUCCCCAUUGCCCCUUUCCCUGUGAUGUCUCUCCUUUGUUCAAUUUCAAACCCUUUACUAAAGAUUUAAUUUAAAUAGGGCAUCCUGUUUCAUCAUUGAGAAGUGGUUUAAUAACAAAAAAGCAAAAUUGAGAAAUUCUCAGGGACCCAACCUUAAUCACUUCAGGCAUUUUCAUUUUUGAUUCUGCAAGUAUGUAUAACAUUUUACACCACACAUUUCACACAACUUGUGAUUAUUUUUUUUUUAAUUUCAUCUGGUUCAAAUUCAAAUUUUGACAAUUCAAUCACCUUUUAGCGAAACUUUAUUUGGGCUUUAGGCUCUCCCUAAAAUCGCUGCAUUUUCCUUUUACAUAGGUAUAACCUAUUAAUUUUAUGUAAUUUAGAUUAAUGAAAAUGGAAAAAAUAACUUAGAAUGCUAAGGAUUGAGUGUGGUUGAGUAUAUACUAUUGGAAAUGCCAAAUAUUAAUCUGUGUAAUGCUCUCUUACCCCCCCCCCCCUUCAUAUAUGCAAAAUAAGGUUAGCCUCUUUAUCAAGUACAUGUGCUUUCCUGUAUUUAGUAGCCACUUGAAACCCUCAACUUAGUAUAAGAAAUGAAGUACAUGUAUUACCAUUUACUGAAAGCAUUCUGUAGAUUUCUUCUUUAUCUUAUUGUUAAAUUCUGAUAUUUUCCUUCUUGCAUUUUAGUCAUUUUGAGAAAAAGAUAUAUUUCAAGCUUGAAAAGGGCACGGGAAUGCUUAAAUAUACAACUAAUUGUAAUAAGGAAAGGCAAGAAAUACCCCCAACCUCAAAAUUUCAUGCUGAAUAUUCUUUUUCCAAAAUCAUUUGCUCACCAAUAUAGAUAUUUAUUCCAUAUAUGUAUUCUCACUUUUACUUAUAUUAAAUACUCAAUAUUUUCUUCAUUUCUUCUCAAAAGAAAUAGUUAAAACAAUGUAGCAAUCGGGUGAAAAAGAACAAAAAAAUCACAAACAUCAAGUCCAUAUUAGGAGAGUUUAGAUUUUUAUGACAUGGAAUCUUGCAAACAAUAUGGAUCUAGCAGAUUUGUGAAGGUGCAACUGUAGAUGGCACCCACUAAAAUUACCCUUAAAUGGAAUCUUUGUUAAGAAAUGGCUAACAGAUCUCUUUAUAUUGAUUUUCCUCUUUUCUGAAGUGUUUGAAGCAUUAAAGUUAUAUGUACAUGCAGUGUGUUAUCCAAGUCGUAUAGAUUCAGGUAUUUUUUACAAAGAUGGAAAUGCAGAGAAAUGAUUAUAGAAAAAUGGGAUUGCUCAAUUUAGUACUAUUAUACUCGCAAAGAAAAGCUUCACUUAUUGCUUCACAGAAUAGUGUCAUGUUUUAGAUACAUUUAAGUUACUCGAUUGUCAGAUUUCUAAAAAAAUGUAUUAUCUGUUUAAUUUAAUCUCACUUUUUCAUCAAGUAUUAUUUUCCUUUAUAUUAGGAUCUAUCAUCUAGCCAGAACGUACAUGUACAUGCCCAAAUCAUCAUUAGGACCAUUCUUGGUCAUGUAUGUGACCAAAAUUGUGACAAAUCUUGAUUUUAUUAGUUAUAAAUAUUUUUUUUUAGACAUUUAGUUAAUCAAAGGUUCUAUAACAUUAACAUGUUUAGUCAGCAAUCAUUUGAAUUAUUUUUUGCUGUCUCCAAUAUGCAGGUUCAAGGUCAGAGGUCAAAUGAAGUGGGUCUCGUGUGUGACUUCACACAGAAGCAUGACUUUGAAAGUUUAAUUUUAAAACGAAAUUAAACUUAAAAUAAUCAUAAUUUGUUAUAAAUCUCAAAAAUGUGUAAAAGUUAUAUCUUAUUUAAGUAAAGAUGUGUCAUAAUUUCUGCCACACACAUGACGAAGAAUGGCCCAUUAAAAUAAUUGCCAGACAUGUACUCAUAGAAAUUUGGCAUUGUAUCACCCAUUGCAGUCACAAGCCGAAACAAAACAAAAAAAUUUCACAAGAAGGCACUCCCAAAGUAAUAUGUAAUGCAUGCAACACUUAAAUGCGCUCUGUCAUUAUUAUGCUAAUUUAUUACUUGAUCCUAAGGGAUUUCACCGCUAUACAUAGUGAAUUAUUUGAUGGUUAGAAUAACCAAUCUUUCUGAACCUAUCGGCUCUCAGAGAUAACUUUGUCCACACUUUUCCAGUUUUUGUUCUGUAGAACUGAUGAACGUAAUACAUUUAGCCUGAUGUUGAUGAGAUAGCCAAACGUGAAAUAGCCCAUUAAAUGUACCUUAUUGAAGGAUUUAUGUGGUUCUGAGACUCUCCCACCCUAUCCAGUAAAUCAAUUCUAUGGAAAAAAAAUAUAUUAGCAGUUUUGAUACUCCUGCUAAAGUGCACCAGUGAAACUGACCUCAAACCGACUGAUGUUAUGUCAUUGGAUAUAAUGCAUUAGUUAUGGUCGGUCUGGGGUCAGUUUGGCAGGUGUGCUGGGACAUUACUUCCUCAGUGCCAUAGGGUGAAUCCACUCUGACCUCAAGUUUGGUUUUGAUAACAGCAGAAAAUGAAACAUACUUUAAUUGAUGUUUGGCAAAAAUCCAUCAAAGAACAGCAAAAUCAAUAGAUAUGGACUUUGAUUUUGUGAUGUCACAUGCAAUACACGCCUUGCCCUUCAUCCGUCAAUUCCAUGAGAAACUGUGGAUUAUCUUAGAAAAUAGGAGAUGUUAAUUUUUGCAUUCGGCAUUUAAUCAGGUACAUUAUUUCAAUGACAACUGAAUUAAUUGUAAUCAACUUUUUGAACAAUGAAUACAUGCCCAUUUAUGGAAUUGAUAAAACAUGACAUACUUGGGUUUGGGUGCACAUAUUUUUAUAAAUGUAAAAAAUAAAUGUAAAAAAAUGUAACUUUUAAAAUGGAUUUUUACAAAAUGUAUCAUUGAUAUGUUUCACUUUCUCUGCUUUAAUGAAACCACCUUGAUGUCGGAGUAGUCUUUCCCUUUCAGACCCUUAAUAACUAUCUUUCUCUUCAUAUUAUUGAUGAAGAAAUUAAUCUUCAUUUCAUCCUCACUUUCUUAUCACUGCUAAAACUAAUACUCCUUUAGCUUGUACUGUUUUUAAUAAAUGCACAUAUUCUGCACCUGGGGAUCUGAAGUGCCCGCUUCUUUUUAUAUUCUCUGUUCAUGAAACGGGCCUCCGUCGAUGGGUACCUUCCCAGAUUUAUCGGCAACGUCACUUCGAAUCUUCAGGUUAUAAUUUGUAAUGAACAACUAAUUUUAAUGUUUAUGCUGGUACGUUGUAUUUUUUUGGAGAGCCUUCUUUUUGAUAAAUUAUGGUUUGCUAUUAUGAGAUUUUUAACGAUAUUUCUUACUGAGCCAUGUUUGUAUUUAAGUGAAUAUAUAUUAAUGUGUAAUAUUAGUUGCAAUUGCCUUAUAACAUGCAUAGGAGUUUUUUGUUAGAAUAUGCUUUAUUGACAUACCUACAAUGAGUGAUUCUUAGAGAAAACCCCCAACAGGGUGCGACAGAUUGCAGUGAUGACCAAAAGACUUUAUCAAUUAUUGAUACAUUAAAUUGAAUGGACUCGUAUCGUUAUGGAUACUUUCUUAUACAAAACUAUUCAAAAUACCCAGACAUUGAGGUAAGUCUUGGAUUAUUUGGAAAGAAAAUGGUCCCAUCUUGCCUCCCAUUAAUAUCAAUGACAAGGCCAGUAAACUGACUCUGGACCGAGGUAUUGUGUUAUUUAAGUGGUAUAUCAUUGGGAUUUGGAGUUAGUUUUGUUGGUGCAAUUGUAGCAUCAGCAAACUCGUGCCCCAAAAACGAACAUCUCUUUUAUUCAAUUGGACAUUACUGGUCAUUUGCACUCACUUUGCCUAUUGAAUAUGAUGUUAGUACAAUGACCAUGUCGUCCUUGUCUGCAGGUAAUCCAACGUCAUAUCGUGUUGACAUCCAGUGAAGAAAAAAAGAUAUUUCAAUUCAGUUUAUUACAAAUGUGCAAUUAUUCUUGAGCAUAAUAACAGUAGUAACGACAACAAAAAUACGGUAUUCAAAACAAAAUUUUGAAAAUGUUCUUAUUGUUCAAUUGCUCUUCUACAUCAUCUUUGAUUGGUUUCAGUCUUUUGUGUCCAGAAUUGUCGUAUCCUGCUUUAGUGAGUUGCUAUUUAUGUAAUGCAUAUGAUUAUCUUGUUUUCCUCCUAAUGAAUAAUAUAUGGCAUACAGGUUACCUGUGUGCUUUUGAAGAUUGUUGCAUGAUAUAUUACUCCUCCUUUAUAACAAAGUAUGAAUUAUUCUAGAAAGAAGCAAGUAUGGGAAUGCUUUUAUUGAUUUUCUUUUCUUCCAUCAAUGCUGUAAUGUAUGGGAUAUUAAAUUAAGUAUACUUCAUCAACUA